AUGCCUCGCUGUAGAAGGAAGAUGUUUUGCUUGAUGGUGCCUUUCCUAGUCCUUCUGUUCUUCGAAAAGUACCCCAGGAGACGACCAUCUGCACCGCAAACAAAACAGUCCUCGGGCCUUUGUGGAGGCGAGCUUGUCAAUGAUACCAUCACCGCAUUAAAAUAUAACAAAACCUUCAUUGUUUCAUUGUACCAUGACAGCAGGCAACAAAACGUCACACGGGCAAUUGCAGUGGUGCAUUACAAGAAAGUCCAAGAUCUUUAUUGUUGGUUUUGCUGCAGUCAUAACAAUCGCAUCUCUAUAGGUCGCGCAGCAAUAGACAUCCAUCCAGAGAGGUUUGGACUCCCCAUUGGUGCAGCAGAUAUCGUGUGUGUGGAACCCCAAAGCUGCUCUCCACGUUACAUGUCCAUUCAUCCAUCUGCUAAAGGAUCCAUGGAUGAGCUCCCAAAGUUUGAAAUCAAAAACCGGGUUCCCAGGACUUCAUUUUUUGCUGAAUUCACUAUUUGCCUGUCCGUCAUGUACGAGAAUUACAGCAAUGUCUUACAGUUCAUACAAAGCAUGGAAAUGUAUAAAAUCCUCGGUGCCGAGAGAGUGUACAUUUACAAAACGAGUUGCAGCUUACUGAUGGACCAGAUCUUAAAGUUUUAUGUUGAAGAAGGCACUGUUGAAAUUAUACCUUGGCCAAUUACUUCCUACGUGAACUUGUCUUCUUUCUGGUACUCUUACCAGGACUGGGACUAUGGAAAAACUACGGUUCUAAAUGAUUGCAUCUACCGUAAUAUGUACCUAAGCAAGUAUGUGGUUUUUAAUGAUAUCAAUGAAAUUAUCCUUCCCCUAAAACACCUAAAUUGGAAAAAUAUGAUACAUAGCCUUGAGGAUCAAAAUCCAGGGGCAGGGAUCUUCUUUUUUGAGAGUCAUUUUUUUUCUCAGAAUGUAUUUUUGUCUUCAGACCAAUUCAAUUUUUCUCUUUGGAAAAUCGUCCCUGGAGUUAACAUAUUGCAACAUGUUUAUCGAGAGCCCUAUAAACUGCAUAUCAAUAUUUUGAAGAAAAUGAUUGUAAAUCCAAGGAAAGUGGUUCAGGCGUCAAGCUACUCCAUUCUCAAGGGAUAUAGUAGGACACUUGAAGUUUCCAAAGACAUUGCCAUUCUUUUCAAUUGUAGGAAACACCAUGAAAAUGAUGUUGGUGAAAAAUAUCUCAUUAGGGACACAGCAAUCUGGAGGUUCAACCUGUCAUUGAUUAGCAAUGUUAAUAAAGUUCUUGAAAAACUUGACAAGACUUCCAAGUCCAGUUGGAGCACAUUCUUGGAAAGCAUUGCAAAAAUCUUUUAA